CGCGCAGUACGGAAGUGUGCCCGGACCAACCGGAAGCCGCAGGCAGAGAGCAAUGGCGGGUUUGAAUGUAAGGGACCCUGCGGUAGAUCGUUCACUCCGUUCAGUGUUCGUGGGGAACAUUCCAUAUGAAGCUACUGAAGAGCAGUUAAAGGACAUCUUUUCUGAGGUUGGACCUGUUGUUAGUUUCAGGUUGGUAUAUGAUAGGGAGACAGGAAAGCCAAAGGGUUAUGGCUUCUGUGAAUACCAAGACCAAGAGACAGCACUUAGUGCCAUGAGAAACCUGAAUGGGCGUGAAUUCAGUGGGAGAGCACUUCGAGUGGACAAUGCUGCCAGUGAAAAGAACAAAGAGGAGUUGAAGAGCCUUGGCACUGGUGCCCCUGUCAUUGAGUCACCUUAUGGAGAGACCAUCAGCCCUGAGGAUGCCCCUGAGUCCAUUAGCAAAGCUGUUGCCAGUCUUCCACCAGAGCAGAUGUUUGAGCUGAUGAAACAGAUGAAGCUCUGUGUCCAGAAUAGUCCCCAGGAAGCACGGAACAUGUUGCUCCAAAACCCUCAGCUGGCUUAUGCUUUACUUCAAGCACAGGUAGUGAUGAGAAUUGUGGAUCCAGAGAUAGCCCUGAAAAUUCUGCAUCGCCAGACCAAUAUCCCAACGCUGAUGGCAGGCAACCCUCAGCCAGUCCACAGUGCCGGGCCUCCCUCAGGGCCUGGUGUGUCAAUGAAUCAGCAGAAUCCUCAAGCCCCUGGGGCCCAGCCUUUGGGUGGCAUGCAUGUCAAUGGUGCACCUCCUUUGAUGCAAGCUUCUAUGCAGGCUGGAGUUCCAGCACCAGGGCAAAUACCAACUGGUGUAACAGGACCUGGCCCUGGUCCCUUAGCUCCCGGAGGAGGAAUGCAGGCCCAGGUUGGAAUGCCAGGAAGUGGACCAGUGCCCAUGGAGCGAGCACAAGUGCCGAUGCAAGACCCCAGAGCAGCUAUGCAGCGUGGGCCCUUGCCUGCCAACGUCCCAACUCCUCGAGGUCUGUUAGGAGACGCUCCAAAUGACCCACGUGGGGGCACUUUACUUUCUGUAACUGGAGAGGUAGAGCCUAGAGGUUACCUGGGACCACCUCAUCAGGGUCCACCCAUGCACCAUGUCCCUGGCCAUGACAGCCGUGGCCCGCCCCCACAUGAGAUGAGGGGAGGGCCAUUAGCCGAGCCCAGACCUCUAAUGGCAGAGCCAAGAGGACCUAUGCUAGAUCAGAGGGGUCCACCCUUGGACGGCAGAGGCGGAAGAGAUCCCCGCGGCAUAGACACACGAGGGAUGGAGGCUCGAGCCAUGGAGGCGAGAGGAUUAGAUGCCAGAGGAUUGGAGGCCCGUGCGAUGGAGGCCCGUGCGAUGGAGGCCCGCGCGAUGGAGGCCCGCGCGAUGGAGGCCCGCGCGAUGGAAGUCAGAGGGAUGGAGGCCAGAAGCAUGGAUCCAAGGGGCCCCGUGCCUGGCCCUAGAGGCCCUAUACCUGGUGGAAUCCAGGGUCCCAAUCCAAUGAGCAUGGGGGCUGUUGGCCCCCAGGGAUCCAGGCAGGUCCCAGUCAUGCAGGGAGCAGGCAUGCAAGGAGCAGGCAUGCAAGGAGCAAAUAUCCAGGGUGGAGGCCAGCCUGGAGGUUUUAGUCCUGGCCAGAACCAAGUCACUCCACAGGACCAUGAGAAGGCUGCUUUGAUCAUGCAGGUUCUUCAGCUGACUGCAGACCAGAUCGCCAUGCUGCCUCCUGAACAGAGGCAGAGCAUCCUGAUCUUAAAGGAACAAAUACAGAAAUCCACUGGAGCACCUUAAAAGGUUUUCAAAAAUACCUGGCAACAAAUCUGGACAUUAAUUCCAUAACUUUGUUGAAAUGUUACAAAAAGAUGACUUCUACAUCCUAAGCUUCAAAUGACUCAAAUUGGUGCCAGGCGGAGGACUCCCCUCACCUUCUCUCAGAGCAAACCUAGAACAUUCUGUUGUCUUAGUUUGUAUAUUUUCUGUGACUUGAAAUAAACUUUGAACACAAUUUUAGUAUAUUGCAAA